GGUUCGACAUUCAUCAGAAAAAAUGGCAGGAUACAAAAUACGGUGCUGCAUAGUUGGGCAUGAAAAAGACGUUCGGGCCAUUUCGCCGACAAUUUUCCCCAGUGAUGGCAUUCUUUCCGGAUCCAGAGAUGUCACAGCCAGGGUUUGGAUACCCAAUGAAAUGGACCCAGAUUUUCACGAGGGUCAUUUGCUGAGAGGACACAGUAAUUUUGUGUCUGCGGUGUGUGUCAUGCCCCCAGACUCGGACUAUGAACAGGGUCUACUGGUGACGGGAAGUAACGACCAUACCAUUCUCGGUUACACACCAAACUCUACAGAACCAGUCUUCAAACUCACAGGCCAUGAAGGCACAGUUUGUACUCUGGCUGCAGGAAAGUUUGGAACUCUUAUCAGUGGAUCCUGGGAUAAAACUGCCAGAGUCUGGUUAAAUAAGAAGUGUGUCAUGACUCUGAAAGGACACCAGGCAGCAGUAUGGGCUGUGGGUAUUGUACCAGAGCAGGGCUACAUGUUAACUGGAUCAGCUGAUAAAACCAUUAAGCUGUGGAAGGCUGGAAAGUGUGAAAACACUUUUACAGGGCAUGAAGAUUGUGUCAGAGGGAUAGCUGUACUAAAUAUGAACGAGUUUUUAUCUUGUGCCAACGAUGCUACGAUUCGCCGAUGGUCAAUGUCAGGAGACUGUCUACAGAUUUGUUACGGCCAUGAGAACUUUGUCUACAGUAUCGCCGUGUUACCUAACGGGCAGGACUUUAUCAGUGGCAGUGAGGACCGCACGCUGAGGGUCUGGAGGGACGGGAAGUGUGUACAGACCAUCGCCCACCCAGCCCAGUCUGUGUGGGCGGUCUGUGUCCUCCCGGGCAAUGGGGACAUUGUCUCAGGAGCAAGUGAUGGUGUAAUUAGGGUGUUUACUACACAGCCAGAAAGAAUGGCACCUGAGGAUGAACAAAAGUCAUUUGUGGAGCAGGUGGCAGCCACGGCAGUGCCCAAGCAGCUGGGGGACGUAAAACUAGAGGACUUACCAGGACCUGAAGUUUUACUCAAUCCAGGUACCAAAGAGGGACAACAAAAGAUCAUCAGAAGAGGUCCCAGUGCUGAGCUUCAUCAGUGGGACAUGGCUAAACAAGAGUGGACAAAGGUUGGAGAUGUGGUGGGCUCUAGUGGGGGGACUCAGCAGAGUUCAGGGAAGACUCUCUAUGAAGGAAAGGAGUAUGACUAUGUGUUCAGUGUGGAUAUUGAGGAUGGGAAGCCCCCUCUUAAGCUCCCCUUUAAUGUCACAGAGGACCCGUGGUUUGCUGCCCAGAGAUUUUUGGAGAAGAAUAGUCUGAGUCAGUUAUUCCUCGAUCAAGUUGCCAACUUCAUCAUAGAAAACACAAAAGGGGUCACGUUGGGACAAGAGACCUCAGGAUAUGUAGACCCAUUUACAGGAGGAAGCAGACAUGUUCCUGGCUCCCAGUCCAGUGUCAACUCCGCCCCAGCCUCGGGGACUGACCCCUUCACGGGAGGGGGUCGAUACAUCCCAGGGGGGCAGACACCACAACCUCAGAUCUCAGGCGCUGAUCCAUUCACUGGAGCAGGAAGUUAUAGACCACAGAAUGUUCAGGUUAACUUGGCCAGUAAUAAUUACUUCCCCCAGAAGACCUACGUUACCUUUGAAACGGCCAACCAUGUUCAGAUAAUUAACAAGCUUAAGGAGUUCAAUGACAAGGUUGGAGCAGAGAACCAGCUAAGUUCUGAUGACCUUAAUUCCCUGCAGACAUUAAUGGAGGCCAAAAAUGUGACAGAAGCACAUGUGGGUGUCAUUAACAAAGUCUUGCAGUGGCCUAAAGAGUACAUUUUCCCGGGGUUGGAUGUACUCAGGGUGAGCGUCAGAGACCAGAAGGUGUGCGAGCACGUCUGUUCUCAGGGGGGCUUUUUGGACAGCCUGCUGCGAUUCCUUGACCCCAGCUCCCCCGUCCCCACCCAGAUGUUGACCCUCAGGAUUCUAGUGAACUGUUUUCUUCAUGAGAGUGGACGGAAGUUCCUGUUGUUAAACAGAGACCCGAUAAUAACCCAGGCUCUCAACUGUAGACUGAGCCCCAACAAAAAUGUUCAGAUCGGUGUCAGUACGUUAUUACUGAAUUACUCUGUGAGUCUACAGGAUCAGGACGAUGAAGAAGGAAAGUCGCAGUGUUUACUGGCCGUGGCUAGCGUAAUGGAGAAUCCGAUGGACCCAGAGGCAGAGUUCAGACUCCUUGUCUGUUUAGGGACAUUGAUUUCUAAUGACAAAGACACUAAAGAACUAGCCAAAUCUCUAGAAAUACAGAAUCUAAUUAUUCCAAUGCAGACCCGCCUUGACCCAAAGAAAGUUAGUGAGUGUGCAGGCUUUGUGAUAAAUCGUCUCCAGUAAUUAUUAUGCAUAAAAAAUCAUAUGUUUUGGCAAGUGAAUAACUUUAAAAAUUUAAAUGUUAAUAAAAUUAUGUUAAAAAUAUUCAUUGAUGGUUGACUGCAUUUUGUCAUUAUUUGGUACAGAAAAUGAACUACAUGUAUGUCAAAUUCCUUUUUCAAGGAUUUUAUUUUGAUUCAAACAUUAAACCACACAAUACUCAU